AGGUUUUGUCCGCUAGAAACAAAUCAACAACGGUCCAGCGAACAGGGCAGAGUUGUUGUGGUCAGUCCAAGGCUUCUUGCUUCAAGGUUCCAUGCUCACUCGGUAUUACCAGCAUGGAAAUGCUUUUACGGAUACUCUUUAUUUCUUUGCCUCAUCGCCAUCACGGUCUCUUCCAAACUGCCUCAGGAGUCACGACACACGCCGCCAAUCACUCACAUGCCUCACUGGCACCCCAGGUAUCAGGCAGGCGGAGAAACCGGGGGGCUCCGAAGACCUGCGGAGGGGUGGGAACAGGAAAAAGAGGAGGGAGAGCUAGAAGACGACAACCCGGGAAAAGAAACGAGUUACCAAGGACAAGACGAAAAUCAACAACGGCCAUGCAAGAAAUCCUGCGCAGCAACACUUACACCAUGCAUCGAGACCCUCCAAACCCACGGCCUGCCUUGCCCUACCACCCUCAACUCCCGGUCUUUGGCACACCCACACGCAACACUCCGGUGUCUGUACGGAUAGACAGACAAUCACCGUGCUCGGCAAAGAGUCGGUCCUAUCGUAUCUCUCGAGCUUUGUUUUGCUUUCCACCCUGCCUUAUCUUUGGUGUCGUUAUUCAUCUCCCUUGCGCCCUCCAAAUGGUAACAGUGGACUCGGCGGGCAAAUCAACGCUUUCGUCCCCUCUCUGCAGUGCUGCUCUUUUGCCUUUACUUCCGACAUGAUACACGUACUGCAUCCCUUCUUCAAAC